CAAAUUUUAUAUUUUUAUAUUCACAGUUUACAAUGGCUUUUCGACGAAUAUUUGUACCGAGACCUUUAAAUCAAAUACGUAGUUAUUGCAGAAGUGCGACAAAAUGCGAAGAAAAAGAUACGAGUAAAGGCACACAAAAACAAACUUUUAGUAAAGAGGGCGACAGUGGGUUUUCCAAGACUUUAACGGGGGAGACUUUGUCUAAGGAUCACAAUAUUUUUAAUGCCAUUGGGGCUACGGAAGAGUUGUUAAGCUCCUUGGGAUUAGCCAGGGAGCAUGCUCACGAAAGCGAAUUAGAGUACACAGAUAAGCUGAAGAGGAUACAGACAAUAAUAAUUGACAUUAGCACAGCUAUUUCACGAUCUACAGACAAAAAUAUUAAGGUUAUACCAAAUACUUAUACUAGAGAGCUGGAGGAUUGGAUUGGGGAGUAUUCUAAGCAAUUGCCACCUCCUGAACAAUACAUUAUCCCUGGUGGAGGGGUGGCCAGCGCCUCUCUGCACGUUGCAAGAGCAAUUUGCAGGAGAACAGAACGCGUUUUGCUCUCCUUUGUUCAGGAAGGUCUCGUCGAUAAAGAGGCUCAGGUGUAUCUAAACAGGCUUUCAGAUUUUCUCUUUACCGUGUCGCGUAUCGCGGCGAAACACGACGGAAGGGCCGAGUCGAUUUACAUCCCGAAACCCGACGAGAAAAUCCAGGAACAGAUCGUAAAAGUUGAUAGUAUUGUGUAUGUGAAGAAAAUUUAGAUCAUAAUACAUAUGUAUUGAAUCUUUUAACUGGAGACUGCCAAUGAAAUAUAUGUUAUAAAUUGUUGUAAGGGUUUUUAUCUUUGACUAUUUAUAGUCAAAGGUUUUUAUAAAUACUGUUAUUUAGUUAACGUUUUUUAUUAUGUAAUAUACACUUAAAUAUGUAAAAAAAAUAUGUACCAAAUAUUGAACAAAUAAAUUAAUAUUUUUUUUUAGAGAUAUUCUUCACCCAACACCAUUUCUUUGUAUGACAUAACUUCCAAAAAUGCUGCCCCUUUGGUCUCUGUUUUUAACAUUGUAUCAAUAUCCUUGAACAAACCAGGGUCAACCAAUAAAACCAUUGUAAUUUGGUCUUCAACCCUAUCUUCACUUUCAACCUCAACGCUCUCCAUUUUAAUCAAUUUAUCCUUA